AUGGACGAUCUGUUGUAUAUGUCUGCAGCAGCAGCAGCAGCAACAGCAGCAGCAGCAGCAGUAGUAGAAGCAACUCUGCAGCAGCAGCAGCAGCAACAGCAACAGCAACAGCAGCAAAUGCAUGAAUAUGAGCAGCAGCAGCAGCAGUCAUCUUUCUAUUAUCGGCACCAGCAGCAAGUGCAUCACCAUCAGCAGCAAGUGCAGCACCAUCAGCAGCAGCAGCAACAGCAGCAGCAGCAGCAGCAGCAGCAGCAGCAGCAGCAGCAGCAGCAGCAGCAGCAACAGCAGCAACAGCAGCAACAGCAGCAGCAGCAGCAGCAACAAUACUGCGUACCGUGA